GGCGAUGCGGCAGAGCUCAGCGCGGCCGACCUGGAGAUCGAGGAGAUGCAGAGGAAGGUCCAGGAGAUGGAGGAGGAGGCCGAGAAGCUGAAGAAGCUGACCGACGCCGUCGAGGAGGUGGACGAGGGCGUCGACCGCGAGGAGAUCGACAAGCGCUCAGUGUACGUGGGCAGCGUUGACUACGGAUCGACGCCAGAGGAGCUGCAAGAACACUUCAAGUCGUGCGGGCAGAUCAAUCUCGACAAGUACACCGGCAGCCCCAAGGGCUUCGCCUACAUCGAGUUUUCCGACGAGCAGAGCGUGCAGAACUCGCUGCUGCUGAACGGCUCCCUCUUCCGCGGCCGGCAGCUGAAGGUCAUCCAGAAGCGAACAAACGUUCCUGGCUGGAACUCCAAGGGCAAGGGCAAGGGCAAGGGCAAGGGGAAAGGCAAGGGGAAGUACAUGCCGUACUGGGAUCCGUACUAUGGCGGCGGGUGGGGCGGCUACAAGGGCGGUUACAAGGGCAAGGGCAAGUACAUGCCCUAUUGAGGGCCCUCCCGCACAUAGAGUGGCGUUGUUCGAUGGCGCGCAUGCGACAGAACCUCCUCCCCCUCGUCAUCGUCCCCCCCCCUUCCACUACAGAGGCUGCAAGGGCAUGGGCAAUGAUAUGGCCUACUGAGCAGCCUCUCGCUGAUGGCGUGCAGUUGACAGCACAUCCCAUGCUUUUUCUAAAGCCUUGACCCCCAUGGGUUAGGAG